AGGACAUAUACUGUAGGCGUACACACAACAAGAAACAUGAAGAAUAUGGUUACUAGCAAGAGUUAUUGAAUCUUCCCUGAUAAGUCCUUGUCUGGUAAUGAGAGUCGAUGCAGAACUCUGUACGUAGCUGAGUGUUUUCAGUAGAGGACCAGGAUGUCUAUGUCGUACCAGCCAUGGCACCAUGGCAAUAUCACCCGCUCCAAGGCUGAGGAUCUGCUCUCCAAAGCAGCCAGGGAUGGGAGCUUCCUCCUCCGGGACAGUGAGUCCAUACAGGGUGCCUAUGCCCUCUGUGUUCUGUACCAGAACUGUGUGUAUACGUACAGGAUCCUACCCAAUGAGGAGAGGAAGCUCUCGAUCCAGGCCUCUGAGGGCGUCCCUAUCCAGUUCUUCUCCGUGCUGGCUGACCUGGUGGAGAUGUAUUACAGUCCCAACAUGGGUCUGGCUACACACCUGCAGUUUCCUGUUCAGAAGGAGGAGGAGCCAGAGGAAGAAGCAGAUCCAGUUAAAUACCCUCCUCAGCUGCCCCCCCCAGGAACUUCUCAGGAGGGCCAUCAGCCAAUGGCAGUGAAGAAACCCAUGGAGGGGAGUCACAGGGCUCUGGCAGACACAUACCUACAGAGACUACAGCACAUCGAUAUGUCUAACCUGCCAGAAGAGCACCACAAAUCCAUCCAGGAAUACUUCCACACCUCACUCUGUCUCGAUGCUGAGCAAGCCCAGAAUGGGAACCCUAACCUCCCCCAUCUAAAGAAGCUCACCAUGGGAAUCUGCAAACAACUAAACAGCGAGAUCUCCCGUACCCUGCCCUCUCUGGAGGCCAUUCAGAGGCUUCUGGACCAGAAGCUGUCGCCAGGGAUCGGACGCCUGAGGAGUCAGGUGUCAGCAGAUUCCGGUCAGUCUGUGUCCAUCAGGCUGGAACAACUGACCAAGCUGCUCUACUCCAUAGAGGAGAAGGCCAAAACUGCAGUGUAUGAGUGGGCUGGGAAUGACGGAGGCCACAGGAGGUCUCUGAUACCACCUAUUACAUUUGAAGUCAAAUCAGAGUUGCUUGGUCUCACAACCAAGAUGUUCCUCAAGGUGGAUGUUGAAAGUGGGAAGAUAUACUUCAAGAAAUGUAAAGACGGGCCAGAAGACAAAUACUUUGUUCACAAUAAAAUCUUACAGCUGGUGAAAUCCCAGAAAGUUGCCAAGCUGGUGAUCGUGGUGGAGACGGAGAAGGAGAAGACUCAGAGGAAAGAGUUUGUCUUCGACGACACAAAGAAAAGAGAGGGAUUUUGCCAACUCCUUCAGCAGAUGAAGAACAAACACUCAGACAAGCCUGAGCCAGACAUGAUCACUUUGUUUGUCGGCACCUGGAAUAUGGGGAACGCCAGUCCCCCCCAAAGCAUAGCAUCCUGGUUCCAGUGUAAGGGUCAGGGCAAGACCAGGGAUGACACAGCCGACCACAUCCCUCAUGACAUCUAUGUGAUCGGGACUCAGGAAGAUCCCCUGGGGGAGAAGGAGUGGACGGACACACUGAAGAGUGCUCUGAGAGGAACCACCAACAUCAGCUUCAAACAAAUAGCCACCCAGACCCUAUGGAACAUCAGGAUUGUUGUGCUAGCCAAGCCUGAGCACGAAAACAGAAUCUCACACAUCUUCUCAGACAGCGUCAAGACAGGGAUCGCCAACGCUUUGGGAAAUAAGGGAGCAGUGGGCGUUUCCUUCAUGUUCAAUGGUACUUCCUUUGGCUUCGUUAACAGUCACCUGACCUCAGGCAGUGAGAAGAAGACCAGACGCAACCAGAAUUACGUCAGCAUCCUACGCUUCCUUAAUCUUGGAGAUAAGAAACUGAAUCCUUUUGACAUCACACAUCGAUUCACUCAUCUGUUCUGGCUUGGGGAUCUGAAUUAUCGAAUCGAACUGCCAACCACAGAAGCAGAGAGCAUUGUGACCAAGAUCAAACAGCAGCAGUACCAGGAACUGCUGUGCAGAGACCAGCUCACCAUUGAGAGGGCAGAAGAGAAGGUCUUCCUACACUAUGACGAGGAGGAGAUCACAUUCGCACCCACGUAUCGUUUCGAGAGAGACACACGAGAGAGAUAUGUCUACACCAAGGCCAAAGCCACAGGGACUAAAUACAAUCUACCAUCAUGGUGUGAUCGUGUUCUGUGGAAGUCCUACCCACUGGUGCAUGUGUUCUGUCAGUCAUACGGGUGCACCAAUGACAUCAUGACCAGUGACCACUCUCCAGUUUUCUCAACAUUUGAAGUCGGGGUGGCAUCACAGUUUGUCUCCAAACAUGAUCCCAACAGUGUGUCUCAGGGUGGGAUCAAGUUCAUGAACUGCGUUGCCACCCUCAUGACCAAGUCCAAGACCAAGUUCUUCAUCGAAUACCACUCCAGCUGCUUAGAGAAAUUCGUCAAGAGCUCAGAAGGAGAGAACCAAGAUCACUCAGAUGGGUCCAUCAAAGUUCGGUUUGGAAACCAAGUUGAGCUCGUCCCCAUCAUCUCAGACCCAGAGUAUCUGUUGGAUCAACACAUCCUCCUGUGUGUCAAGUCCACAGACUGUGAUGAAUCCUAUGGAGAGAGCUGUGUGGCUCUGCGAGCGGCGGAGUCCUCCUACACAGAGUUCCACGUCACGCUGACGCACCACGGCGAACGGACGGGCACCCUGACGGGAGGUGUACAGCUACGCACCUCAGCAGGCAAACAGACUGAGAAGUUAUAUGAUUUCAUCAAAGUGGAAAGGGACGAUUCUGGUGCCUCUAAAGGAAAAGGUCUUGAUCACAUCAACAAGUUGGCUCUUCCCGCUGAUAUCACCAACCCCAGUUACAUGGGGGUAGGCUACAAGUCUGGAGGUGUGGCAGACAGGGGCUGGAGCUACAGCAUGCCCCCCAGAUCAGGCUCCGGAGGUGGGGGUGGUGUCGUUGGGUUCGGGGGUAGGGACCAGACCCAUGGAAACAUCUCUCCCAAAAAGACUGUCUACGACCACAGCGCUGUGCGAAGCCCUACAGGAAAAGCAAUCGAUAAUGUUGGUGAGGACGGGAAGCCAGCGGAGAUGUUUGACAACCCUCUGUACGGCUCCAUGGGGAAGGGAGGAGCAAGAUCACGUGGAUCUAAAGACCAACCAGUCCCCCAAUGCUCCAAGGACCACCUGAUCCCUCCAGACCCCAUCUUCUCCUUCACCAAACCCUCUGACCAGGACCCUGACCGCCCUCCGGUCCCCACCCCGCGUAACCGCUCUUACACCUGUUCUGAGACCAAGCCCCCGUGUUCAGCCCCAACUGCUUCAGCCUUGGCCGCCUUCCCCUCCCAGACCUACACCAAGAACCCUGUGAAGCCGUCACGCUCUGAGGGGGGCAUGGUGCUAAUGACCAAUAGGCCGCCUCUGCCCAUGAAGUCCCGCCCAGGCCAGGCGGACGCCACGCCCACUAAGCCUAGAGACUACAGAGACAGCUCGGAGCUGCCCAGCAAACUCCGCCCACCUGCAAGGCCCAUCCAGCCCCUCCCCAAAGAUGCGCUUCAUGAGACAACUCAACCCCCGAAGAUGGGCCGUUCAGUGAAAUGACUGUGUGUGCUUUGGCUGAAAAAGCCUCCUCCUGUCCUAUAUGUUAAAAUUAGUUGAAUGGUGGCUAGUGGCAGGUGACGACUAACUCCAACUCCUCACCCCCAGCCCGGUCGCUGCACUGCUUGCCUUCCUGACUCUCCAAAACAAGUUUCUGUCCAAACUCACCUUUUCCAUAUGCGUUAGGCCAUAUUACUGGCAACUCUCUGGGGAUUUGUGGAGUCCUCUUAAAUAAGUAUAAUUGUUUUUUUUUUUUGCACAGAAAAGCUCUUUAGAUUAUAGGAAUCAUUUUUAAAGACUUGCACAACAAUCUCAAUGUGUCUCUAUUAAACAAAAGGGAAUCAUA